CGCAUGUCUCCUUUUAUUCGGAAUAAUGUAUUGCGCAUAAAUGAAGUUGAUUCUAUAUGACACUAUGUUGUCUCCCCUCCCUUUUUUUUUUCUAUUGUCAAAGUAUAUAUAAAGUCGCUUGUUUUCUUUCUUUUCUUUUCAACUUACAAUAUGCUUAUCAAAUUGACAAUAGGCCAAGUCUUUAGUCAGCCCGUUGUGCCAUUCUCUUUCUUGUUAAGCUUUAGUGGCCUUAUUGGGUUCUUUUUCCUUUGUAUUCAUACUGGCUUUACGAAGACAGAUAAACAAAUCAGUUGGAUCCUUACGUUUGCUAGUAGUUUGGUUUGUACUGUUGUUUCUAUACCUUACUUUAUUCAAUUCUGGCUCUCGGGAUGGGAUAUGACUCAAUUGGGAACUGACUCCAACCUACAUAUUGCCAUGGUGUGCUUCUUUAUUAGUUAUUUGGUCUUGGAUCUAUCACUAGGGUCUGUUUAUUACAAGAGCAGGAUUACAGUCUUGACAGGCUGGGUUCAUCAUCCAUUGUACAUCUGUAUCUUAUUUUGGUUAUUAAGGUGCCAAUCAUCUUCUUUCUUUAGUACAAAUGGCUUAUUGGAAUUGCCUACGCUGAUAUUAGCCUUGGGAUCCUUUAGAGACCGUUGGCGAUGUGAUUUACUGUUUGCCGCGUCAUUCUUUAUGUUGCGACUUGUGUUUCAUACUUACAUGAUUGUCGCCUUGAAACAUAGUCAUCGAUUAGACAUGCUUUGGAUGGUUGCUGUCGCUGUAUUUCCUUUACAUCUCUAUUGGUUUUAUGGUAUUGUAUCUGGGCAGAUAAAAAAAUACGCUGCCUACCACAGCACACCGUCUCCUCUCGGAAGAGAAAUAGCUGCACGAAGACCUAAACAUGCCUUUCUAGACAAGAUUUAUACCAUUUAAUAAUAAAAAAAA